GUCCGACGGCCCCGACGGGCGACCAUGCUCAGUAUAGGUUCCCAGUGUCCCUUUCAUCACUAUAGUUGAAUAGAUAAACUUAACUUUAACAUUUACCACCAGCUUUUCAGUCAUGGAAUAAUGAGUCUAGGUACUCUGGCUAUAGCCCAAUCCUCAUAAGAAGAGGCCUGAGACAGGUUAAGUUUUAUUCUGCCUGAGUGCCGUAUAAUGGCCAAUGAUAGCAAAGAUUGUUUAUUAUGUGUAUAUUUUUGUUAAUAUAUAAUUCUUAACGACUGUGAAAUGGCCUAAUUUAUUACUUCGGAAGAUAUCACGAUUGUAUACCGUGUGCAUUAUGUGAGGGACUCAUGAAUAUUACAACGGCCACCUCAAUGACACUUGCGGGAACUCCUCACUGUGCCAUCUCAUCGUGAACAAGUAAAAAUGCCUCAAAACCUUAACUCGUCUACCUUUUUUCUCAUUAUCUGACAACUGACACCAAAUGUCACUUUACUAGAGACCAAUAAUUGCGGCGUAAUUGUAUUUAUUUACAAACACUAUUUAAAUAUUAACGAAACCACUAAGUAGUUCAAGAAAAUGUUAUUUUAUUGUUAUCCAUUGCCCCAUUGGCUACACAUAAUUGUUUGACAUGAAUGGAUGUGUACACUCGAAUACUGCAGUUCUCUAGAUUAGUAAACAUUUUGUCUCCCAUAACUAUUGGGACCAGAACUGCUGUGAACUUAUCUUUUAAAAUAGUAAGCGGUCCCGAUAAUGAACCACCUGACGAAAACCCUCCGCUUAUAAUCUGCCACGGUUUACUAGGAACGAAAGAAAAUUGGAAAUAUUUAGGGAAAACUAUUCACGCUGUGACAAAACGGGUAGUUGUGCGGAUAGACUUGAGGAACCACGGGCUCAGUCCGCAAACCAAGUCGCAUAAGUACGAGGAGCUGGCUGAAGACGUUCUGCAACUUAUGAGCAAGCUGAAGUUGGACAAGGCCAGUCUUAUAGGACACAACAUGGGUGCCAGGACUGCGAUGUCCGUCGCUUUGCUGAAGCCGUCGGCAGUAGCCAGUCUCAUUGUGUUAGACAUGUCACCCGCAACAACAAGCGUGGAAUUCACCACACUCUUCCCAAACAUCAUGAAAGCUAUGACCGAAGUUAAAUGGAAGGAAAAACGCAAAGUGCACAAAGCUAGAAAGGAGAUCAAGGAACAGUUGAAAAGUAUCAUUAACAAUGAAAUCAUUAUGGGGAACGUGUUAUCCAACAUCAACAUUAAACAAGAUGGAACUAUCGGGUGGACAUGCAAUCUAGAAACGCUAAUUAGACAUUUUAAAUAUAUUUCCUCGUUUCCAUUCGGCUUAGAUAAAGGCAUGAAAUACUUCGGGCCAACGUUGUUCAUCGGCGGACAGUUAUCGGAGUAUAUUCCUGCCGACGACCUGCCAAGGAUCAGAGAGCUCUUCCCCCAGGCCGUGGUGAAGUUCAUCCCCGGCGCCGGCCACUUCGUCCACAAAGAUGAACCCAAGGCCGUGCUGGAGCUCGCCAUUGGCUUCCUCAAUCAUCACAAUAAUAACUUGACCGGAUAUGGCAUGAAGGUUUUACAAAUACUGCGGCACUGUUUCUUCAUCUUACACACUCCGAUUAGGAUCCAAUCCCGGUCAGCUGUUGAUUUGGCUUACAAUGUGUACGGAAAGAACGAGAGUGGCGGAUCACCCGUGGUCGUCCUGCAUGGAUUGCUGGGUUCCAAGAGGAACUGGGCGAGCAUGAGUCAAAAGAUCGCAACAACGUGCCGCCGGAUGGUCGUAGUUGCUGAUAUUCGCAACCACGGAGAAAGUCCUCACGACAGUUCACAUACCUACCACGAGCUGGCCGCCGAUGUGGCCAAGCUGAUUGAUACCUUGGGUCUGAAGCAAGCUACCGUGAUCGGUCAUAGCAUGGGCGGUCGAACGAGCAUGGCCUUAGCACUUACACAGCCAAUGAAAGUCCACAGCCUGAUCAUAGUCGACAUCUCACCAGUCUCCACCGCUGGCGUCCUGAAUGACUUCUUUCCAGUACUAAUAGACAACAUGAAAGCCAUCGAUUUCCAAGGAAAGGCAUCUGUAACCGACGCCAGAGCUUUUGCUAAAGAAAAGUUACUGGCCACCGGCUUGUUCAGGGGACCUGGCAGUACCCAAUUCAUUCUAAUGAAUAUCGGUAAGCGAGGCGACAAGAUUGAUUGGAUGUGCAACUUGGAGGCUCUGAAAAAGCAUUUUAUGGACAUCGCGACUUUUCCGGACGACUUGAAGAACAUGCAGUAUAAAGGCCCGGUCUUGUUUAUUGGGGGUACAAACUCGAACUAUUUGCCGACAGGUGAUUUAACAGGAAUCCAAAAAAUAUUUCCGAAUGCGGAACUCAAGUAUGUACAGGGUGUCGGUCAUAACGUUCACGCCGAGGAUCCAACAAGCUUCUUUAAUUAUGUCAAUGAGUUCCUUACAAAAUAUAAGUAAAACCAUUACCUUCUUUACAGAAGAA